AUGCCUGAUAUGGCGAUAACUGUCACCGCUGUGGAGGGACCCACGGAAGUCGUGCUGAUCCCCUUCAUUGUGGAGUGUGCACUCUCAGAGACCGAUGAACAUGUAUUUGAAAAAGCAGAAGAUAUCAUCUUAGCGUAUCCGGACGUCAUCUGCAUCGCUGUUGUUCUAGUUCAUGAAGCUAGAGAAUAUGCCACCCCCGAUUAUUGUGAUUCCACUGUCCCAACAGCCCUAUGUGGCAGCACUGACAGUGAUCCGAAACCCCUUACACUGAAGCAGUUCAUCAAUCUACACACCACGCUACGUUCAUUCGGUGAGCCCACCAUAAUCAGCGAUAACACCUGGUGCCACCUCUCUUCCGUUGAAUAUUUUGUUUGGGUGAAGAAAGAUGAUGGAUCGCUGAUUGAUGUCCAUUCUCAAGAUCCAGAGGACAUGGCAUACGGGAUAGUAAUGCCCGAGAUAGACAUGGACACUGUCACAGAGAUGCUUGAAUGA